UCUUCCUUACACAAGCAAACCCAUCUCUCUCUACAAUCUUGCUUUCUCUCUCUAAUUUUCUUUCAAAUUCUCUUAAGUAAUACACUAAGAGAGUGCAAGAACCAAAAAAAAAACACCAUGCCUGAAGCACCAAAAGAGAUUUAUAGUUACAAUCUUGCUGAGAAAAACAAGAAAACUCUCGAGUUUAUUGAGCAAGUGACCUCGAACCCUGAUGAGGUUCAAAACAAGGUUCUUGAGGAAAUCUUGAGCCGCAAUGCUCACGUUGAGUAUUUGCAAAACCAUGGCCUUAAUGGAUGUAAUACCCGUGAAUCUUUCAAGAAAAUCAUGCCCGUUAUUACUUAUGAGGAUAUUCAACCUCAUAUUGACCGUAUUGCCAAUGGUGAUACCUCUCCUAUUCUUUGCUCUCACCCCAUUUCUGAGUUCUUAACGAGCUCUGGUACUUCGGGUGGUGAAAGAAAGUUGAUGCCAACCAUUGAAGAGGAGCUAGGAAGAAGGUCACUGCUUUAUAGCCUGUUGAUGCCUGUGAUGAACCAGUUUGUUCCUGGUUUAGAAAAGGGCAAAGGAAUGUACUUUUUGUUUAUAAAAUCUGAAGCUAAGACCCCAGGUGGGCUUUUGGCUAGACCGGUCCUCACUAGCUACUACAAAAGUUCCCAUUUCAAGGACCGCCCUUUUGACCCUUACACUAACUACACUAGCCCAAACCAAACCAUUCUUUGCCCUGAUUCCUACCAAUCUAUGUACUCCCAAAUGCUCUGUGGCCUCUGCCAACGCAAUGAAGUGCUCCGAGUCGGGGCGGUUUUCGCCUCCGGCUUCAUUCGCGCUAUCCGGUUUCUUGAAAAACAUUGGCAGCUUCUUUGUAACGAUAUCCGAACCGGAACGGUUAACUCGCAAAUUACGGAUCUUUCGGUCCGUGAAGCCGUGGCGAAAAUUCUGAAACCGGAUCAGGAACUUGCGGAUUAUAUUGAGGGUGAAUGUAGGCAAGACUCUUGGAGGGGGAUUAUAACAAGAAUCUGGCCUAAUACAAAGUAUAUUGAUGUGAUUGUGACUGGGACCAUGUCUCAGUAUAUCCCAACUCUUGAUUACUAUAGCAAUGGGUUGCCUUUAGUGUGUACUAUGUAUGCAUCUUCUGAGUGCUACUUUGGAGUCAAUCUGAACCCUCUUUGUAAACCAAGUGAAGUCUCUUAUACCCUUAUUCCUACUAUGGCCUAUUUUGAGUUCUUGCCUGUUCAUAGAGUCACCAAUUCCAAUAAAUCACUGAAUGAAAAAGAACAGCAACAAUUGGUUGAUCUUGCUGAUGUCAAGCUUGGUCAUGAAUAUGAGCUUGUUGUUACUACUUAUGCUGGACUUUAUCGGUACAGAGUGGGUGAUGUGCUAAGAGUGGCUGGAUUCAAGAACAAGGCACCACAAUUCAACUUUAUAUGCAGAAAAAAUGUAGUGUUAAGCAUUGAUUCAGACAAAACAGAUGAAGUUGAGCUACAAACUGCAGUUAAAAAUGCAUUGAACCAUCUGGUCCCAUUUGAUGCUACAUUAGCUGAGUACACAAGCUAUGCAGACACAACUAGUAUCCCAGGCCACUAUGUCCUCUUUUGGGAACUUACCCUUAAUGGUUCAACCCCAAUUCCUCCAUCAAUUUUUGAGGAUUGUUGCUUCACAAUUGAAGAGUCACUCAACAGUGUGUAUCGACAAGGCCGUGCCUCCGAUAAGUCGAUCGGGCCACUCGAGAUGAAGAUCGUCGAGGCGGGUACUUUCGAUAAGCUAAUGGAUUAUGCUAUCAGCUUAGGUGCUUCAAUAAAUCAGUACAAAACACCAAGAUGUGUGAAAUUUGCACCUAUUGUUGAGCUUUUGAACUCAAGGGUUGUGUCUAGUUAUUUUAGUCCUAAGUGUCCUAAAUGGGUUCCUGGUCAUAAGCAAUGGAUCAACAAGAAUUGAUCAGAAAAAGAAGAAGUGUUUUUUGUGGUCUUAAUUAUGGGAGAAAUGUUUAAGGAUAAUACCUUUUUAGGUUAACUCAUGUUUCAAUGUUAUUUAUUUUCUUUUGUUUAA